AUGGGUGCUCCAAUUCUAUUUGUCAAGAAGAAUGAUGGAUCCCUCCGGAUGUGCAUUGAUUCUUGGGAGUUGAAUAAGAUAAUAUACUCCAAAAAAAAUGAAGAGCAUGAACAACAUUUGAGGUUUGUAUUGCAAGGAUUAAGGGAGAAGCAAUUGUAUGCCAAGUUCUCCAAAUGUGAGUUUUGGUUGGAUCAGGUAACGUUUCUUGGUCAUGUGGUUUCCAAGGAAUGCAUAUCAAUGGAUCCUAAUAUGGUAGAGGCAGUACUUGAAUGGAAAAGGCCAACAACAAUGAAGGAGGUAAGGAGUUUUCUAGGCUUGACUGGGUAUUACAGAAAAAUUGUGCAAGGGUUUGCUAAACUUCCUCGUCCACUCACUGUACUUACCAAGAAGGAGACUCCAUUUCAGUGGACAUAUAUAUGUGAGCAGAGUUUCCAGGAGUUAAAGAGGAGAUUGACCAGAACUCCCAUUUUAGCUUUGCCCGAGGAGGGUGUUGAUUAUGACAUUUGUAUUGAUGCUUACAUAGUGGUGUUAGGGCAGUAUUGA